AUGUUAAGCCAGGAAGAAGCGGAGGCUCAGAUCUCAGAACUGGACCUUCUCUCCAGCAUGUUCCCCAGUGAAGAGGAGUUUGCGGUCACCGAUCAGUUGGCAUUGGCGGAGCUGAGAGAAUUUGCAGAAAAGCAGACAGCAGUCACUCCAACCUUUACAAUUCAGUUCACAUUGACUGUGAAACUCGGUGAUAGCAAUGCAGACAACAUCCAGGUAAUGUGGGUUCUGUUAUCCAGGUCUAAACUGAGAACUGUCCUAUUUUUGUUUAUUUAUAGAUCGCCAUCCCUGGUGCGGUCACAGCAGACUCAGCUUCAUUCAGAUCUGAACACUUAUCUUAAAACCAAUUGCAAUGGAGAUGUGUGUAUUUUAAGUGCUGUGGAAUGGGUUAAAGACAAUGCUUCUACCUACCUGAAUAUCGUGUUCCCCACUGAUCAUCAGAAAGGAAUGGCAAUGACUCCUGAAGAUAGCGUUUUCACUAGGUUAUGGAUCUACAGUCAUCACAUAUACAACAAACAGAAGAGAAAAUAUAUCAUGGAAUGGUCAGAGGAGUUGGGGCUCUCAGGGUUUAGUAUGCCAGGGAAACCCGGCAUUGUGUGCGUGGAGGGAGCACAGGAGUCUUGUGAAGAGUUUUGGUCCAGAAUAAGAAAACUGACAUGGAAGCGGAUAUUAAUCCGACACAGAGAAGAUGUUCCUUUGUCUUGUCCCCCCUCAGAUGUGUACAUAAACAUUCAGAAGCUCCGGAAAUUCCCUCCUCUUAAGGAAAUGGCAUUUGAUGCGCAUGGAGCCCGAGGGAAUCACAUGGAUCUGGGUCAGCUCUAUCAUUUUCUCCAGGAAAGGGGGUGCUCGGAUGUCUUCCCCAUGUACUUUGGGAUUGAGGGACGAUAA